AUGUCUGUGUUUAUAUCUCUUUAUCGGUGUAUUCUUCGGGCGCAUAGAAAAUAUCUUCCACCGGAUGCACGUUUUCUUGGAAAUAAAUAUGUUCAACAAGAGUUUCGUUUGCAUAGAAAUAUCAAAAACCCACUUCAUUUGAUUGGGUUUAUAGAUUCUUGGAAGGAUUAUUUAAAAGGUAUUGAAAAUUAUGCCUGGAAAGAAUAUAAAAUUGAGUCCGUUAAAGUAGGCAAAAUGUCAGAUGAACAGCUUUAUCAGCUUUAUGAAUUAAUGCAAGCUAUUGAAGAAAGAAAAAUAGAAAGAAAUAAGUCUUUAAACGAUGAUAGAUAA